GGGACGGAACGCGCCAGGCUGCGGAACGGAAAGAGAGAGCGGGGGACGUGUUUGGCAGAGGGACGGUCUGAUCGUUUGUGCUCCCAGUUUGGUUUGUCUCUUGGCGAUGUUUCCGAGGGUCUCCGCGAUCCUACCUCUACGCCCUCUCUCCCGCUUCCCUUUAUGCUCUGGAGGUUCAGAGGCUGCGAUUGUGCUACUCGGUGCUCCGCACAGAACGGUCAGGACAAAAAAUAAUGUCCAAAGAUACUUUGGGACUAACGGUGUGAAUUAUAGCAAGAAAGAUGAGCAGUCUGCUCCAACGCAUGGGAUUUCCAAAGAAACAGAGAGCCCAGAGAGUGUAAAGGAGAAUACAAAAAAAGACUUGUUAGAUAUUAUUAAGGGCAUGAAAAUUGAGUUAAGCACAGUAAAUGUACAAACAACAAAGCCAUCCAGCAGAAGACAACUCAAGAGUGUGGAAGCUACAAUUGGCAGCCUUCAAAAAACUCUGGAAGAUGCCCCAAAGAAGAGGUAAAUUGAAUUGAAUUUCA